AGUGAGUUGGACUAAGUAAUGAAAUCAAGUAUAAUGGCCUGGAGUGGUACAUUUAUGUAGACUCACAAAACCAUAGUUCUACAAUAUGCAUAGCUAGAAAUGAAGAGCAAAGCAAGCCUCAAUUUCGGAAAAAUUAUAAACCACCUCUGCUAUGGCCUAAUUGGUCCAAGAACAGAAGCUGCAAUCUUUGUAGGUCUAAUAUUUUGUUGAAGGACCUCUCUCCACAGAACAAAAAGAAAUACAAGUAAUUUGCACAUGUGUGCAAAUUUUUAAACGUUUAUCUUGCGCUCAGGUUGAAUUUCUUUUAAUAGAAAUAGUAUGAUGAGCAAACAAAAGCAAUCAAUAAAGAUAUGAGAUGGUGGAUUUUGAAGUCAACAUAUGUGAACCAUUGAAUUCUGAAAUUAUCUUAGCUGUUCGAGCAAUGCCGUUCAAGAAACUAAGAUGAACAAGCCCUUUUCUCACACUGCACUCUUAUACAUUAGACAAGGUGGGUUCUAAGUUACUUUACAUUUGUCCAUUUGGGCACUUUGUAAAAUGAGCAUUUGAGUCUAUAACUACAGAAACUGGUAUGAAGAAGGGGAAUUGACAAAUCACUAGAAAAAAUAGCUUUUGUCCUUGAAGCAUGAUCAUUGCCAAGUCAUUAAAAUGGUAGCAUUAACUUUUUCCAUGAACAAUGAAAUCUUAGACUACUCCUGAUGUUGAAAACUUCUUGACGACUCACUUAGACUAAACAUCAGAGUUAUCUAUCUAGAAGAGUAAUAAAGGAAGAGAUUCUUUUGAUAAACUGGAUGUGUUUAUCUAAGAAAUGAUAUAUCAUAAUACAUCCUGAUAGUUACUGGUGAAUGAUUGGCAAAACAUUUAAGCCAUACUAGAAGAAAAACAAUAGCACAUGUAGCACACAUGGAAUUGCAGUCAUACUAACUGACAAGCAUUUGAUGAAUUUUAGUUAUUAGGCCAAAUAUUAUGAGAGACACAAGGACCUACCUUUUCUCAUAACUUUAGGUACUCCGUCUUCCUAACUUUCUCUCCAAAAGAAUUGAAUUUUGACCAAUCAAUAAAGUUGAGCAUUCUUCUAUCUUAACUAUUGACAAUGGUGAGGGUCUCAUCUGUCUUUAACUAAUGUCCUGUUUCUACCAAAGAGAAGACCAGAAGGAACCUAUCAUAUUCCAUACAUUCAAACUAUAGCUUCAUCCACAAAUUGAAGGCCCCAAAUCAACAUGACCAACAGACAUCAGAACAUGGAUUUGCCUUUGGUGGUUAGUGACAAAAAUUUAAGCUCCAACUCAAAGCCUCUGUCCAGCCCUGUAUAAAUAAUCCCCCUUACAUAAGCAUUUUCAUCAUCAACCACAAGCAUUAUCCACUCAGCCAUCACAGAUCUCUAACUUUCUUGUUUCCAAUCUUCUAGAAAAAAUAAGAAUGCUCAGUGCUAAGAAGCUCAUCAAGAUGGCCAGGAAAUGGCAGAAGUUUGUGGCCAUGCAGAGGAAGAGGAUUUCACUUCCAAGAAAUAGAAAUGAUGCAGACAGUUGUAGUAUGUCGUCAUUAUUAGUAGCCGGAAAAGGCCAGUUUGUAGUGUAUACUACUGAUCAAAGGCGCUUUGUGAUUCCCUUGGCUUAUCUUGAAAACGAGGUCAUUUUGCAACUUUUAAACAUGUCUGAAGAAGAGUUUGGUCUGCCAAGUGGCGGUCCUAUUACAUUAUCGUGUGAUUCGGCUUUCAUGGACUACGCUGUUUCCCUAAUCAAGAAAGGUGCAGCUGUCGGAGAUCUUCACAAAGCAUUGCUCCUCUCAAUUACUAAUUCAAGUUGCUCUUCAACUUCUUUUCUGCACCAAGAAUGGGGGAACAAACAACUCCUUGUUUAUUAGUCAUGAUCAUUAUCCUUAGUGGAUGUGAUAGCUCAGAAUAGAUUGUAUAGCAUAUGAAAAGUAGGCAAUUAAAGAUGUUUAUUUCAGAUGGAAUAGAGAUUUAUCUGAAAUUUCACCCGA